AUGACAGUCUUGGAAGCUUCGCAGGUAAAGUUGUCAGACGAACAUCUGGGGCUUGCUCGCCUCGAGGCUAGUCCUCCCGGUGCCCUUGAAACGGCAAACGAGCUGCUACAAAAGAACCACGACAGCUACCACAUGUAUUUCCGAGAUGUCGGCGGCCACAAUCACAUUCCGCACUCUGUCCUCUCUGUUCUGGCCAUGGGCGGCGGUCCAAAGCAGCUGAAGAGGGCAUAUGACGACAGCUACGGAUUCCAACGUCCACUCCCUCCCAUAGACCUGGAAAUUAUCCAGAAGCUAAGCGACCCCGAUGAAUUCAAGGCUCGAAUGUUCAAUCUAGAUCAAUAUACCAACUUCUUGAUCUUCUUUGAGCGCGAGAUUGGAUCCAAGGGCUGGAAAGCCGUUCUGCAGGAAUACUGCUUCAGCCGCACAGCUCUUGCAGAAACAAUGUUCUCGCAACUGUAUGAAGGCCUGUUGCAUCCCAUCAUCCACCUGGGUUUUGGCAUCGAGUUCGGGCAGCCCAGCAUCAUCGCCGAAGGUCUCGCACAUGCCGCCUCCCAUGACCCAGGCAACAUCGACACCUUCUUCAACCGCAGCGAACAGCUCGCACAGUCUGGCACCGUGCCCGCAACGCCGCUUGUGGAGUUGUACGAGCAAGUCCGCAGAAACGAAAAGACGCGCACCGCGGGUCGCAUGCAGGACGGGCCAUGGAGGCUGCGCGACGGUCCGCUCGCUCGCUCAAUGGACCAAAUCGUUAGCAUUGCCGCUCAAUUUCAAAUUCCGCGUGAUGAGUUGGAACUAGAGCGCUACACGGCGGAGAUGAUUAACUGUGCUGCUUACAGUGCGGGUGCUGCCCAAAGGCCUGGAAAAGUGCGCAAGGUUGACUUUUUCAUCAUGCACGACGUCACCUGCUCCAUCUUCUUGAGCGUUUUAAACAGACAGUCGUGGAUCAGUCUCGACGAUAGGGCACGUCUGGUAGAGUGGAAAGCUCGGCUCGACCUGGCUUGGUAUGCAGCCAAUGGAGCAGCGGAAUUGCGUCUUGAGUAUAUCUCAGAAUAUGAACCGACUGCAAGUAAGGGAAUGGACUGGCUUGCCUUGUACAAAGCUGUAAACGAGGUGCACGAUGAUGGACAUAUUGCCAAAUUUGUGCGAGCUUUGAAGAAUGGCCAGGAUGCCUCGAAUCCUUUUGAGCAGGGGGAGGGUGCCGCUUCGUUCCCUAUCAAGGGUGACUCGUGGCUUAAGAUUGCGCAGAUGGGCUAUGAUACUACCAAGGACGGACAUGAUAAUAGCGAUAAGUGGGUUUGGGGCUCUGGAUUCGAUCUUGCGUGGAUGAAGGUGCCAAAUUUGGAGUAA